GAUGCUGUAGAUGUGAAAGUGUAGUACUUUAAGUACUUUCACAAGAAAAAAAAGAAAAAAAAGUCAGAAAAAAUAAACAGCUUUGUGAACAGGAAUAUUUGUUCCCCUUUUCCUAACCCUUUGAUCUACUUAUGGCUCCUCGGAUUUAUCUUGGGAGGCCCUGAGGGUCCCGACCUUCACUCUACGAGUCCAUGUUCCACAACACUGAGCAAGUAAAACUACUGUUGAUGUGAGCUCAAGACACAAAUCUAAACAAUGCAUUAUUGAAAUGUUAUUUUAAGUAAUCCUCCCACUAUCUAAACCACUGUCAUCUCUGGCUUUGGCUACUGUUUGAGCAGGCAACAUCUCCGUGUUAUGAGAGGAAUUUACAAGAUUUGGGACUUUAAAAAUAAACCAAGAGCAGAAUGUAAGACAUUUGAAAAUAAGCCGAAACUGACAUUAGCCCUGCCAGACGGGCAGUGUGACUACCGAAAAUAUCAUUCAGAGAGAGAGAAAAAAAGCCACACAACAACUCAGAAUGGAAAUAAUGGCCCUGUCUGAAGCCACAUUCCUAUCAGCUGAUUCCUGUUCCAAUGUUUUCCAUGAGUGGUAUCAGACCGAAAUCAAUCCUAAAGUUUUCAAGGAAAAGCCACCACUUAAAGUACGACUGGGAGGGUUUGAUAAGAUACAAGUACAGGAAACAAAAAGACUAUAAAAACAGAGGCGGAACAUCUGAUUAGGAAAAUAUUCUACAUAAGAAAAUGAAUUCAAUAAAAUCCUCUUUUUUCUUCUGCUUUUACUAUUAAAUGUGACUGAGGCAGUCUUGGAUCUGCUUGGAAGUUUAAAUGACUUUCACUCUCAAUUACACAUGUAAGUCCACAGCCAGUGUCUGAGACGUGUAGCUCAGUUUUCUUCAGGAUAUUUUUAGAACCUGCUUCAGAUAAAUGAAAAAACAAAACAAAAUAAAAACCUUUGACACUAAGCUUGGACAUCAAUAGUCACCAGAUAAGGUUUCUUAAAUCUAAUUGUGUCAGCUGCAUCUUUAAUUUAAUAAACUAUCGUGAACUCUUCCUGACAACGUGGGAGCGUGAUCAAGGCACAAACCGAGCUUCUUCUAACGUGUCGUUUCCUUUCUCACUAACAGCCUCUUGACGGGAGUAGAUUUAAGAAUCCAGAUAUUUUUCCCAGAGUUAGAGUCAACAGUGUUGUCGGGUUUUCUUUCUUUCUAAAUGUCUUUCUCUGUCACAUUUUCUUUCUUUUAUCUGUGUGUUCGUUUUUGCUUCAGAGGCCAACUCGGCAUUCAGAAACAAUUUGACUUCACAGAAAUAUUCCAACUUCAACAAUAACACCCGGAGGCUCAAAUAUCCAGCAAAUGACAAAGUCAAAGUGGCUUUGAUGGCUUACCGUCAGGGCAAAAGUAAACUCACCGGAGCCACACAUUAGGGAGCGACAAAACUCAUCCAUCCCCGUUGCCUGGGCCACAGAAUCCAAAUAUGUGCUGUAGCUUGGCAACAGUGCCCAAACAAAAGGUUCGCAGCUCCCGCCGGUCUGAGUUGUCUGACCGCCUCCGAGAUGAGCCGACCCGGCAGCAGCCCUGAUGAAAAAGGGGUCAGCCAAAAUGGAGACCCAGGAGGUCAAUGCCCACUGUUUACCAAUACGCUCAACGCACCAGUGAGUCCCGAAACAAGGUUGUUAUCCGCCUUCGCCAGAGAUACCCAGGCCAGGAAAGUUGAUCUGGCAGGCAGAGAGUAUUACAGCGAGGAGGGAAAACCCUUUGAAUUGCGUCUGGUUGGAAAAAUAAAGCAGCAGUUGAGCACUGAUCCCACUCUUCAUCCUGAGUAUCCCUCUUCUCUUGGACUGAGAGAAUUCACCAGGAAAGCCACAGAAGUUGCCCUUGGGAAGCAUUCUAGGGCUAUAGUGGAGAACCAGGUGUUAGGUGUCCAAACUCCUGGUUUUACUGCUGCUGUUCGUCUUGGAGCUGAACUCUUGAGGUGCUGGUACGAUCUCAGUGCUGACUGGUGUGGCCCGGUUUACCUCUCUUCCCCCUGUGAUGACUCAUUGGCUGGUAUCUUCCAGGCAGCAGGGAUCCAAGAGAUCCCGUCUGCCCACUACCCGACCGGAGCAGACCUCUCUCAGAGUCAAUGGGCUGUGAUUACACGGCUCAUUACGAGCCGUAGACUUUUCCCCUUCCUCUUGCUGCCUUCACAGGCACUCUGCUGUGGAGACAUGGAGCGUGAUGCUUGGCCUGUGCAGCACUGUGCAUCGCUGGGAAUGGAGCUUCUCUGCGCUCAGUCAUUUUCCCAUUGCUUUGGACUAUAUGGUGAAGCUGUUGGACACCUCCUGUGCGUCUUAAAGCAGAACUCCGUCCUGCUGCCCGUGCGGUCUCAGGCUGACAAAAUAGUGAGAUCACUGUGGGCCAGGCCAUCCGUAGGAGGAGCACAUGUUGUCACCACAGUGCUCAGUAACUCAGCCCAUCUUGUUGAGUGGCAGGGAGAGGUUAAGCACAUUGUUGAAAGGUGUAUGCUGAUCAGAGCCAUUUUAAGAGAAAAGCUGAGGCUUUUGGGAACUCCUGGUCGCUGGGACCAUCUGACUCAACAAGGUGGACUCUUUUGCUGCACAGGGUUAAAUGGUGAGCAAGUAGAAUUUCUGUCAAACAGGAGACGGGUGUACCUGCUUCCCGGCGGAUGUCUAAACGUGAGCGCAAUCAACUGCCGCAACCUGGACUAUAUAGCCGAGUCCAUCCAUUUGGCUCUGACCUCUUCACUCUGACCACGCAGCUUUUAUCAGCAUCCAAAAUCUGUGGGCUUCACAAUGAGUUUGGACCUUUCAAGUGUUUCAUUAAAAUGUUCCUUUUUAA